UAGAUCCUGGAGAUCUGUUGUUAGUUCAUCGCCAUAGAACUCGUCGUCAGUCCUCAAAGAAUGGCUCAAACCAGUUCCUCUUCCCCCGUGUUAGCAACGAACCAAGAAACAUCGGGGAAUGAUAGAGGCCAUACUCACAAUCAAGGCAACCAUGAAGCUUCAGUGGCCAUACCAUCUGAGGUGCGAAUGUUGGAUCGAAGCUUCAUGAAUCCGGAUUCGGUACGUACGGAUCCGAUGCACAGCGAACUGGAUGAAGCCUCGGCAGAUACAGAGCGACCCCAUUUCUGCACUCAACCUACGAAGGCGCGUGUGGACACCAGAUCACAGGGACUGGAUGAGGAGAUCAAUAUUCCAGACACCCACCCUGUGGCACGAUCCAAGUGCUGCAGCUGUUGUUGCAUCAAAGAACUAGCAGGAGUUCUUGCUAAGAACAACGACAUGAAAGAAUUAGCAGGAGUUCUUGCUAAGAACAACGACAUCAUGGAAAAGCUGGGCAACUUGCUUUCAGUCACACUGAAGCAUAUUACCAGUCAUGAAUUUUCACUGGACCCUGAACAGUAUCCAGCGCAAAGAAGGAUUGGCCGGUCAAAAUCAGCGAAGGCCAACAUGUAUACAGCAAGCGGCCCCUGUGGCAAGGUCGUUCGUGUUGAUAAUCCCCCCGAAUCCCAUGUGCUAAUGGACAGAUCUGCCGCACCUCGCAAGAGAACAAAUGAUCAGUCUUCCAGCCCAGGUCUACUGAAGAAAGGAAUUAUAUCAGUAUCUGUCCUUGAGCAGCCGGAACUACGUCUCAACGCCGAAAGCCUGGGCAAAGCUAAUGCGUGGAAUUUGUCUAGGGAUUGGAUCGUGUUGUCGGACACAUACGACAUCCGAAUAUCUGGAUCACAGCUUAAAAUGUUCCUCCAAGACAAGGCAGUGCUACCACUUUGUCUCUGUCGAGCUAUAACUCACAUGCUUCAGUACAAGGAAGGAAUGAGGGCAGCCUUGUAUAAAGACUAUAUCCCAACCCAUUAUUUCACGGCAGGGCAGUCGUUCAGAUCAUCCAGCCCCAGCGAUCCCCUUGGUGGUUAUAUGCAGGCAUUGCGGCACUACAAGAUAAACAGUUGCGACACAUAUGUCGCCCUUGUGGAGAAUAACAUGCAGUGGGCUUGCUACUCUUUCUAUGUGCCUGGCAAGGUUGAGACAAUCAUUGAUCCAUGCUCCGAGAGUAAUUCUCAGGAAGACAUAAUUGAGAAGCACAAAACUAUGCUAAACUCUGUCCGUGGAGAAGUGAUCCAGUUUGCCCGUAGCUUGCAUAACAAACCGGCCAUUGGGUGCGAACCCUGGCAGACCCAAACCAUCAAUGGCCAGCAGAUAAAUUUUAGUGGGGCGGACUCCGGACUCUACGCUCUGUUAGGUGCACAAGAAGUUAAUGCUAAAGAUGGGACGGCGGCCACUAUAGAGGGAACCCCUGACUGGAAGAAGUUCAGUAUGAUAGAUGACCUGCUGAAGAUGGCAGGGAACAUGGCUAAGAUCCCCUAGAGCAUCCAUCUCGGACACAGCAACACAGAAGUACCUAGGAUGUGUAAUGAAAAAAACUCGUGGAUACCCUCCGAUGUUCCAGUGCACUCGUUUAUCAGUUUGUUGUGUGCGUUGCCCACAUGUUGCUUCUCCAAUAGUUUGUCAACUUCCAUAGCUGGUUGUUCCAGUCAAUAAUUAAUCUAGUUUAAUUUCCUUCGUCUAGCACGUUUCUGCAUUGCCAAUGUUGUAUAGCUCUGUUUUGACACGGAUGUUUGGA